GGGUUAAACAAAACACCGACUCACUUCUCUCACUCUGAGUCUCUCCGCCGAUUUCAAUUCCCAAAACCCUAACCCAACCUCAAUUCCCCCAAUUUCUCAAUCCAUGAUCAAUUCUUAGAGACCCUAUCCCGGCCCGUUUUUACAAUUCAAUUCUCUCUUCUCACAAUGAAUUCGGGUCCGAUUGACAUCAGCUCCGACGAGGAGGAGGACGACGCGGCCCGCCACGACGUCGACGACGACAGCGUCGACUGGCUCUCCAACCUCAUCGAGUCCGCCGAGAGCAAGUUCGAGAACGACGCCGACUCCGACGACGUGAUGGUGAUCGGCGAGGUCAACGCCGGGUCAAAGUGCGCGGCGAAGGAGGUGGACGACGAUUGCGUGGUGCUGGAUGGCGACCCGGAUGAGGCGAAUUCGGUUGAGGAUAGCGGGUCGGGUAGUGGGUCGGAUGAUUUGGUUGUGGUCGGCGAGAAGGGUCAGGUAGCAUGCAGAGACUACCCUCAUCCACGACAUCUUUGUGCCAAAUUCCCAUUCACUUCUACCCCACAUGAGAAGUACUGUGACCUGUGUCACUGUUAUGUCUGCGACUCUUUGGCACCCUGUGUACAUUGGGGCACAGGCGCCUCACAUAUUGGCCACUGUCAUGCCACAGAGAAAGUAGAUAUGUGGAAAGUACUGAGGAGAAAUUUCAAGAUGGGGAGAAGUGCUUCAAUGCCAGCUAUAAAAGUAUCUUUGUCUGUGUCUCAAAUUAGUCAAGUCCCACCUCUUGAUAUAAUCAGAUUGGCACCCAACUCUAUACCACAGACGCAGGUCUAUAGGUCAUCUACGAACCAUACCGCCUCCUCAGCCAGACCUGUGGUGCCAGCAGCUACCUCUAUACCACUGAAUCAGGUCCCAAGGUCAACUUUGAUCCGUGCUUGUCCCUCAACCAACCUUAUAAAUUCUACUGUCAGUAGUCUAGCUAGAAGGCACCAACAAAGAUUUGUUCCAUCAAACAAUGGAGUCCAACCAGCUUCUGUCCAACCAUCUUCAGCUUCUCAGCAGUUGCUUAACAAUGCUCAAAGGAGUAGCAGAGCUCAUACUAUUGGUGGAAGCCUCCACAGUACUUCUUCGCCAACAAUGUUCAAAAGAGUAGGGCCUGUUCGGGGUUCUUUGGCAAAGAACCAAUCUGCAUAUGGCUCAACAUAUAACAGCAAUUCUGUUAAUCCAUCACAAUAUGGCCCAUUAAAUAACAGUGGUUAUGCCAAUCCAUCACAAUAUGGCAGAAUUCCCUCCCCUAGGGCCGCAUCAAAUAAUGGAGUUUGCUUCAGUUGGCAAGAGGUUCAUAACAGCUUGAAUCCGAUGCCCUCCCAGCCAAUGGGCAGUGGCAUUGUUGGAAGUGCAGUGCCUCCCCAGCCGUACAGUCCACCUCUUCCUCAGUCAGCUUAUAGCCAAACUGUUCAGCCGGGGAGUCAAAUUCUGAACAAUGGCCAAAAUUUCUGUCAGUAUGGGGUUCAAAGUCAAAAUGCCAGCCAGAACGUCUCUCUGCAAGGCGUAGGUGCGAGUGCCGUGGACUUGGGGUUUUCAGAUUGCAACUACAGUUGGAUGAACAACACCAGUCAAAGCAUUCAGCAACCUCAACCUCCCAUUGAAAUUUCUCAAGUUCAAAGCACCGAGGCUAUGUUUGGGCCAGCUCAAGUCAAGGAACCAGAUUACCAGUCCAAUGAAUACCCUAACCUCAAGGGUUUGGAGAGCGAUUUUGAUAACUGGUUAUUAGACAAUCAGCCAAUUCCACCAGUAACAAAUGAUUCUGUGACAUCUCAAUUGGAUCAAUUCUAUCCAGGGCCGCCUCUUGUUGACUCGGGGAUGCUUUACUUUGAUUUUGAAACCUCUUUCAACAGUCCCACUCAGGUGUAGCUGAGCGUCGGUGGUCACUCUGUGCUUCCGUAAAUAAUUGAAGCUUGCAGAGGUUUAGCGCGACUGUUACCUUUUGUGGUUUAGAAUAGGAGGAAGCUAGUUUAACCCAUUGGAGGUCAAGUGUAAUAGGUAUAAAGGAGCUAUGGUAGCACUGUAUAGUCCUUUUGAAUCCCUGGUGUACAGUGCCCUUAGGUUGGAGUCUUGCAGAUACUGUAUAGGGAGAGCCUGGUUGUUCCAAUAUUCUCCUAUUUAUUAAUUAAC